AUGGGUCAGACAGCAUCUCAGCCCGAGAGCGGCAAGUCCCUCAAAGUCAUCGGCGCCGGUCUCUCCAGAACAGGAACCACAUCAUUCGGAGCAGCCUGUUCCUACCUCCUCGAUGGCCCCUGUUAUCACGGCGGCACCCAGAUGUUAAACUCACCGGAGGCUCACAUUAAACGUUGGAUUGAAAUCAUUAAACAUACCCCUGUCAAGAGCGAAGCAGACCGCAAGGCCUUGAACGAGGGUGUCAAGGAGAUGCUGGAUGGAUAUGUUGCUUGUACCGACCUGCCCUCCAAUGCCUUUGUCGAGGAACUCAUGGAGAUCUACCCCGACGCCAAAGUCAUCUGCACCGUGCGGGAUCCCGAUAAGUGGUGGAACAGCUUGGCCCCGAUCGUGGAGAAGGGUAACUUGACUGUCUUGUCCUGGAUCUUGGCUCCCCUUCCCACCCUGCGGUGGUUCCGAACAUACCACGACGCCCUCGAUGACGGCCGUGUCGGUGAGCUGUACUUCCGCCCCGGCGAACCCAAGAGACCGACCAGAGCCAUGUGGGAUCGACAUAUCGAGCAUCUGAAGAAGGUCGUCCCCAAGGAGAGACUGUUUUUCUAUGACGUCCGCGACGGUUGGGAGCCACUGUGCGCCAUCCUCGGAGUUCCUGUCCCCAAGGACGUUCCGUUCCCCAAGCUCAACGAUGCUCAAGCCAUGGAGAGCUUCAUGAAGAAGAGCGCUCAGCGGGGGAUGAUGGUGUGGGCUGGUCUUUUCGUAUCCGCCGGUGUCGCCGCCUUUGCGGGUGCGAGAUAUGCCCAACUGAUUUAA